CAGAUAUGGUGUCAUAGCAACCGCCAAACUCCGACUUCACCGAGACAUAUGUGUGCAAAUAACUGUCCAGUUGUGAAAAUGAAGAACUCUAUUAGAUAAUAUGAAAUAAAGACCCAACUUCACAAUGCCAACUUCAAAGGUCCAAACUUCAAACACUGCUCUUCAGAGCCUACCUCUCAAAAUGACGGAUGGACCCAAGAGCAAAGUUGUGGCAAAACGAAAUCCCAAAUUGGUGAAACGACAAGAGAAAACAACUCGAAUGACGCCCUCUGUGUUUGCAAAAGAGAUGUCACUUUCCACUGAGGAGAGGCUGGCAAACACAAGUGAGAUGCAUCUUCCUCGCAUUCUGGAGCUCUUAGAUAUGAGUAAAACGACACAUCAGAAGGCCUCCUGUGUGGAUGUGGACCAGCCCAUGUUCCAGCCCUACCCCUCUGAGAUUGUGUUCCAGAACUACACCCCCUCAGAGAGCUACGAGGUGCCUCUAGUUCUGCGAAACAAUGACAAGAUACCUCGCCUGGUGAAAGUGGUGGAGGAGGACUCAUUGUAUUUUAAGGUGGUCAGCCCAGUGGAUGUGUGCAACAAAGUGGCUCCAGGCAUGGCCUCCACAUUCACUGUCCUCUUCACACCUCAGGAGAAUAAGGACUACCUCCACAGAGUGAUCUGCGUGACUGAGCGGGAGAAGUUUGAAGUGCCCAUUCGGGCAGUGGGGGCUCGGGCCAUCCUGGACUUUCCAGACCAGCUGCACUUUCCCAUCAGCCCAGUGAAGUGCACCGCCCAGAGAACAUUACUGGUGCGCAACAUUGGGAACUGUGAGGCCAAGUUCCAGCUCAGCACAUGCAGCCCGUUUAGUGUGGAUCCUCCCCAGGGGACCCUUGGUGUUGCAGAGAGCAUGCAGAUCACAGUAGACUUUCUGCCUAAAACCACUGGGGACCACACGCAAGAGCUGCUUCUGCACUACCACACAGGAGAGGAUGUUUACAUCAGCCUUUACGGAGCAGCGACUGACGCCAACGUGAGGCUGGAGCGUAACUCGGUGCUCCUGGAAAAGACCUACAUCUCCAUGGCCAAUCAGCGCUCGGUCGCCAUAGUGAACAGGAGCGAUGCCAUCAUGCACUACCAAUGGAAGAACUUCGCCACAGAAGAGGAGGAGGAGCAACAUAAACAGAGGUUCUGUGUGGACCUCCAGCUGGAGGAGGAUGAUGAGAUGGAGCAGUUCCUGACGGAGUGCGGGGCGGACCCCACUGCCCGCCACCAGCUCUCCCUGCUCUCCCGCACCUUCCAGGAGCGCCGGCGGCAGCUACGUGACGAGCGCCUGGCCUUCACGCACCAACACAUCAUCAUAGAGCCUCUGGAGGGAGACGUGUGGCCCAACAGCACAGCAGAGGUCAACAUCGUUUUCAAGCCCCAGGAGGCCAAACUCUAUCAGCAAACUGUGUACUGUGACAUAACAGGCCGUGAGUCUCGUCUGCCUCUCCGCAUUAAGGGAGAGGGCAUUGGCCCCAAACUCCAGUUCAACUUUGACCUUCUGGAUAUGGGCAACAUCUUCAUCAGCUCCAAGCAUAGCUAUGAGGUCCUCCUGACCAAUAAAGGACUCAUAGCUGCGUCGUACCGAGUCCUGGACCCCAGCUCGGCCCUGGGCCUGUGCUUCUCGUUCAGCCCGGUCACGGGGAGGAUCCCCCCUGGGGACUGCCACGCCCUGGAGGUCACCUUCUCCUCCAGCACCCUGGGAGCCUUCUCUGAGGACUUCUACUUUGCCGUCGAGGGAAACCCCCUGCCUCUCGUCCUGACGUUCAGGGGCUGUGUAAUGGGGCCCACGUUCCACUUCAGCAUCCCGGAGCUCAACUUCGGGGAGGUGUCCUUCGGGUUUCCACAGACGCUGACCUGCUGUUUGACCAACACCUCACUGGUGCCCAUGACCUUUGACCUCCGGGUUCCAGGGGAUGGCACCGGGCCGCCCAGCAUCACCAGUGCCCACCAGGUGUCACACCUAAACAGAACCGAGUGGCUCACAGGCGAGUCGUCGGGAGAGCCCCCCACUGAGUUCUCCGUCGUCCCCAGCUCUGGAACAGUGCGUGCCCAAGGACAGAUGGACCUCCAGGUCACCCUGUGCUCGAACACAGUCCGCAGCUACAGCCUGGCCCUGGUGGUGGAUGUCCAGGGUGUUGGUGAGGAUGUGCUGGCCCUCCCAAUCCGUGCCAGGUGCUCUAUCCCUGAGGUGACUUUGGAGUCCCCUUCACUGAGGCUUGAGAGGUGCUUCUUGGAUUACGCCUAUGAGCAUCCAGUGAAGCUGAUCAACAACAGUGACCUGCCGGCAUGCUAUGGCCUCCUGUCUCAGGAGUACGAGGAACAUCCCUCUGUGUUGUACUCCAGCCCUCACCCACGGGGGGUCAUCCCGCCGCAUGGCUCUGCAGAGAUCCCACUGGUGGUGCAGGUCAAGGCCCUGGGCCCUCUGGACAUCACCGCUCAUAUCGCUGUGCUAGGCAGUCAGAGCUCACUGGCCCUGCUGCUGUCCUGCCUCGCUGAGGGCCCGGUCAUCCAUGUCGCUUCUGCAGAGGUGGACUUUGGCAGCAUCCCGGUGCUGACGGACGUCCCCAGGCCACUGCAGCUGUCGAACCGCUCCCCCAUCCCGGCUCGCUUCCUCGCACAGAUGGCGCGGAGGAAAUCCGUGUGGCGUGUGGAGCCCAGUGAGGGAGUUGUUCCCCCGCUGGGAGAGCUGGAGGUCCGGCUGGUAGUUCACCUGGACGACUCUGUACCCUUCCAGGACAAGCUGCUUCUGUCCGUGCAGGACUCACACACCCAGAUCAUCGCUGUCUCUGCCAGAGGCAAGGGUUCCACCAUCAUCACAGACCGGCCCUUUGCACCCAGUCUAGACCUGGGAGACCACUUUAGCUCAGGCCCAUGCCAGUACCACUUCCGGUUGACCAACCGUGGCCGCCGCUACCAUCAGCUGUUCUGGACCACCGAGGGCCAGAUCCCAUUCCGGCGUAGAAUCACCAUGCCCAAAUGCUCGCCCAGGGACAUGAAAGCCCGUAACACCCUGGCGCCAGAAGCUGCUGAGCUCCACCAAGUCUUCAGCCUGCGACCCAUGCGCAUGGAGCUUGCCCCUGGGCAGUCGGCCGAUAUGGUGCUGGAGGGAUCCUCUGCUAUACCCAAGGUGGUUCAGGAGACACUGGUGUGCUACGGUAUUGUUGGCCACCAGAGUGGGAAGGAGCGUGUCAUGACAGUGGACGUCAGCUGCCGUUUCAUCGCCCCUGUCCUGUCCAUCUCAUCCCAGGAGCUUCACUUCUACGUGCAGAAGACUCCUGGUGUUUCUCUGGUCCCCCUUUACCAGAAGCUGGUUCUGACGAGUGUGUCCAGUCUGGCCCUGUCCUUUGAGCUGAGCGUCAACGAGCCCUUCGGCUUGUGUGAAAACUCCGGCGAUAAUGCAUUUAUCAUGUCAAAGAGUCUAGUCUUGGGGGUGGGGGCACGGACAGAGCUGUUGGUGCGCUUCGACCCGCUGUACCGGCGCGACCAGGUGACCCGUGUGGCCGAGGACGUCCUGGAGAUCCGCUACCAUGGCCACCCGCAGCGGGACUUGGUGGUGCUCAAGGGCGAGGUCCACUUCCCCAACCUGCAGUUCUCUAGCACCACACUGGACUUUGGCUGCGUGCUCAACCACACUGAGAGCCAGCAGCACAUCACCAUGACCAACAGCAGCCCGCUGCCCGUCUUCUACCGCUGGGCCUUCCUGCUGGACCACAAGCGCCACUGCAUCAGGUUUGCUGAGGGAGCGAGCCAGACUCGGACAGAUCCGUCCGCAGGCGAGGAAACCCAGCACCGGCACCGGCCCCAGCAUGAGCCACCUCACAAACGCCACAACAGCAGCCGGGUGGACUCAAACAGGGAAUUGGCCACUCCCAAACAGCACUUAGACAAUGAGGAUGAUGAGGAGAAGAAAGACCCGGAGAAUGAGACGAAGGAAGGGAGGGGCUCCCCCAAGGAGUGCGUCCCAGCCCCACCUAAUGGGACCCCCACCAACACCCCCAUCAGCUUCACCCAUAGAAAACUGGUGCAGUUUGGACGUCACUCUCCCCAGUGGCCCUCCAAAACAACCCCUGGUGUUCAGCCCAACAUUGGGGUGGAGGAGGUGUUUGACAUCUUGCCAAUCUACGGGCAGCUCCAGCCUGGUGAGAGCCAGCCGGUGGCGUUCUCGUUCUUUGGCCAUGCCAACAUCAGCAGCCAGGUGCUGGCUCUGUGUGAGGUGGAGGGGGGUCCCACCUAUGAGAUCACACUCAAGGGUGAAGCCUCGCUAGUCACCUACACACUGGACACCACUGACAUCAGCCUUGGCCCUCAGCUUUUUGACCGCGUGGCUGAGGCGGAGAUCGUGCUGAGGAACACGGGCCGCGUGGGCUUCGGCUUCAGCACACUGCCGCAGGACCAGGGCGGCAACCCCGACAACCCUCCGCCCGGGCAGCCUCUGGUCAUCCCCAGCUCGGGCCAUAUAGAGGCAAACACGGAGCAGAGAAUCUCAGUCUAUUACCUUCCUGGGGUCCCAGAGGUAUUCCACAAGACGUUCCAGCUGCAGGUGGCUUUCUUCGAGCUGGAGACCAUCAGCCUGCGCGGCGAAGGCAUCUUUCCACGAGUAUGCCUGGACCUGCCCAGAGACCUGGACGAGCUGAAGUAUGGGCCUCUGCUAAAGGUGGCCAGGGAGAACGUGGAGAACGAGAAGCCCAGGGACGAGCUCCUUAGUCAGCCUCCCACUGUGGACAGGGCUCUGCCUGAGGAGGACUGCUGCCCUACUUAUGACGCCUUGCUACAGAUGGAGGUGGAGAGGCUACUGGUGAAGGAGAAUGCCGUCUCCAUGGAGACCACACCCGUGGAGGGGAGCGACGUAUGUGGAUCGGGCUGCAGAAAGAGGAGAAAGCUGAGCAAGUUUACACUGCCAGACUACAUACUGGACUUUGGCUAUGUGAUCCAUGGUAAAGUCCUCACCCACAUAGUCAAAGUGACCAACACAGGGCCAUGCCAGGUCUCAUUCAAGGCUGAUCGUCGGCUUCUUGCUGGAACAGGGUUCAGCACAGAGUUGGACAAAGUCAAGAACCUGCCCUACUGUGAGACUGAAACAUUUGAGGUGAAGUUUGAUCCACGUGGAGCAAACCUGGAUUUGGGCCAGGUUAAUACAGUUAUGCCCAUUCAGGUGGCAGGGGGCCCGCUAGUGCAGGUGCGCCUGCACGCCGUGGUCACCAUGCCCUCCCUCAACGUCUCCACGGAAACGCUGAUGUUCGACAGCAUCCAGUGCGGUCUGUGCCAGCUGCUCACGCUGCAGCUGCACAACCAGGAGCUCGUGCCGUGUGAGUGGAGCAUCACAGAGGAGGAACGCCCCAAGAAAAAGAUUGACAAGCAUAUCCCCCUGCAUCUGAGGAAAAAAUUACGACUUGAGUAUCGCCACCCGCCAGUGGUGUUUGAAGUGCUGCCCUCUUCAGGUGUGCUGUUGCCAGGAGACAGGCUGAAUGUUCAGGUCAAGUUCAGCCCAGCAGAGGGGAGGGCCUACAGCCAGAAUCUGGUGCUGAGUGUGGCCCAGAGCACCCAGCGCAUCCUGCUGCUGGCCCAGGGGAAGGGCGAGGAGCCCCAGUUGGAGUUCUCCACCUCCGUGCUGGACAUGGGUCCCGUGCUGUCCCACAGCGCCGGCGAGGAGAUUGAGGUGCUCGUACGGAAUCCCUGCCCGUUCCCCGUCGAGUUCUACUCGCUGGAGUUUGACAAGCAGUACCUGGAGGAGGAGAGGGUGCUGCGCGUGCUGAAGGGCUAUGAUGCCCAGAAUGUCCUGCUGCUGCCCCCUCGUGCCCCGGGGGAGGGUCUCCCCCCAGAGCUGCUGGAGCACUACAAGGAGCUCCAAGCCCAUGAGUCCCACGCAGACUUAAAGGCUGGCUCUCCUAAAAAUGUGGAGAGUCCGGAGGAGGAGAGGGGAGGAUCAGCAGGCCUUGAGGAGAACCAGGCUGACCUCCCAAACAUCGAGCGACAUCUGGAGAAUGACAGGGAGGUCAUGGCUAUUGGCUUGAAGGAGAUCGCAAGUAAAGAAGCUGUGAAAGAUGACAGUCGGUCAAGCAGUAGUGUCGGCGAGCUGGAGACAAACCCAGUGUCCAUGGCCAUUGCCCGGCAUCUGGGCAUAGACCUGACCCCAGACGGACAUGCCGCUAGAAACCGCCGAGGAAUCACAAUCAUCGUUCAUGGAGCUCCACUCUCCGGUAAGACGCCGACGGCAGUGGCUCUGGCCCGGCACUACGGUGCAGCGUGCCUCUCUCUGGACGCUGUGCUGCUGGAGGCCAUGGCAUCAGGGGCCACGCCAGCGGCCAUGCAAGCCAGAGAGCUUUGCGCCAGGGCCGCCCAGGAGCACUACCAGAGGAAGGCAGAGGAGAUGGCCCAGGCCGCUGCAGAUACGCAGUCUCCCACAGCUCAGGCUUCAGGUGUGCUUAGCGUGGAGGCUGUUGCCAAACACACGGGAGAGAGCAUGGAGCCAAAGGCCCAGGCCUCCUCCAUCUCCACCCGCCAGAAAGCCACCACCACGGGGGGGAAGAGGACGGAGCGAGUGGACACCUCCCCAACAACAGCCAACUCCCAGGUCGAACAUAUCCACCGUCCCCUGAUUUUCAGUGUGAGUCAGCUGGACCUCAUGAGCUGCCUGCUCCCUGAAGAGGUGCUGGUGGACAUCCUCGCAGAGAGACUCCAGCUAAGUGACUGUCUCCGGGGAGUGGUGAUUGAUGGACUCGACACUCUUUACUGUCGCUCGCCGAGCUGCAUGUUGCAUGCUGUCCUCAAGGCCUUGAACAACCGACGCUUCAUCUACAUGGUGAACCUCUCGAACAACUUCCAGAACUACACGGCCAAGGAGAAGGCACAGAGAGAGGUGGAGGAGGCUAAGCAGCGUGAGGAGGAGGAGAAGGCGAAGUUGCGACUUCAGGAGAUGGAUGAGGAGGAGUAUGAUGCCCUGACAGAGGAAGAGAAAGAGGACUUUGACCGCCAGCGGCUGCAGAUGGUGCGGGAGCGCAAGCGCAGGGAACGGGAGCGGAUGGCGAGCAGAAACAGGAAAGGGAGGCUAUAUGCAAAAAAAGGAAAGAAAGAUCCAUCCACAUUCAAAGAGGAUGCUGCUGGGAAGAAGAGCCAGCUUGGCUGGAAACAGUCUUCAUCUGCGCUUCGCUCAGAGACAAGGCUGGAAGGCUCCAAAGACAGCCGAAAAAUGUCCCUCUGCCAGGAAGGCAAAGACGUGCCCCCAUCCCUGGGCGAGGGCAGCAAAGAGGCCGAGGACAAGAAGAAGAAGAACAAAGAGACCAAAGCAGGAGGGCAGGAGGACAUUCCGUCUCCCAACGAAGAGCUGGAUGGAGAAGUGUUGAGCCAAAGCGAAAAGCAGCUCCAGCAACGCUUCCAGGUGUACGAGCACAGCCAAGCACACCUGUGCCAUGUCCUGCACUUUUGGGACCGUGCCCAGGGCCUGCUGCUGCGGCCCUUCAACUCCGAGGAGGACGUCGACGAACAGCCGGGCCCUGAGCGGCAAGCUGUGUCCGGCAAGAAGACCAAGAAGGAACGCGAGAAGGAGCGCCACGACAAGGACCGGCUCAAGGCAGACAGUGAGGUCAAGUCCAUCUCGCCGGACCCCAGCCGGAUGCCGCUGAUGGGAGAUCCCUCCGAGCUGCUGGAGAGGGAGGGAGCGGCAGAUGCCGUUCCCCACAUUGUCAUCCCUGUGUCCGGCAGAGGGCACUCCGUCGCCACAGAGGUCCUGCAGGACGGGAGACUGCCCUCCCUCGAUGAGGUGCUGGACGGUUUGGGUCUGGGCCCCAAAGGCCCCCCCAUCCCUCCGCCCAGCGUCUUCUCCGUGGUGCCCUACCCCAGCAGGCGCUCAGAGCCCAGCCUGCAGUGCCUCCCCGACUGCUUCACCUUCCUCCGGCUCCUCUCCCCCGAGGACCUGGCCGAGGAGAAGAAAGAGGCCGAGCUGGAGGCAGAGCUGCAGGCAGCGCUGUUGAAGGAGGAAGCGGCAUCGCCAGCCAAAGGCAAAUCCAAGAAGGUUGAGCAAAGCAAGGAAAACCUGAAGGAAAAGCGUCGCCCUGCCUCUAAGAAAGGCCCAAAGACCUCUGAUUCUCACACAGCCUCACUGGACAUCACCCCACUCUAUGAUGUCGAGCAUAGCAACCAACCAGGGGAAGGCCAGCAGGACCUCCACCAAAGGUUGACCAAUUUCCGCUGGAUUGUGCCUGCCAAUGGUGAGGUGACCCUCAAGUUGUGGUUCCACUCUGCAGUGCUGGGCACGUUCAAACAGACACUCAACUUUGAAGUGAUGGGCACCAAGACACUCUACCAGCUGCACUGCCAAGGCAUUUGUGCCUACCCGGACAUCAGUAGAGAUCACAAAGUGGUAUUUGCUAACAGUAAAAAGAUUGCAAAUCCUGAGGAGGUUGUGCAGAAAGCCUAUAUUGUCCGAAAGGGCCUCUUUGACUUUGGACCCCUUCUAUGUGGAAAGACAAGAGACAGAUAUAAGGAGAGGAAGUACCCAGAGAAUAUGGAGAGGCUCGUAAUGCAUAAUAACUCCCCAAUGGAAGCAGAGAUCCACUUUUGCUUCCAGCACGACACCAAAGCCACCACCUACCUGUUGGACCCACCCACGAUGACGCUCAAACCCAAAGAGAAGAAGGAGCUGGUGAUCUGGGCCUACCCCAUCACCCCGGGCCAGAUCAACGACAAUCUGGUGUGUUGUGUGAAGGACAAUCCAGACCCUGCGGUCUUCCGGCUGUCCUGCCACGGAGUCCGUCCGGAGCUGGACCUGGAACGCAAGCACCUGCACUUCGAUAAGAUUCUGCUGCACAGGAAAGAGACUCGUAACCUGCUCCUGCGGAACACUAAGACCCUGCCGGUGGCGUGGCGACUGAGCGGGAUGGAGGUGCUGGGCGACGAGUUCAGCGUGUCGCAGGACCAGGGCAUCAUCCUGCCCCACUCAGAAUUCUGCCUGCAGAUGCACUUCAGGGCCGUCAAGCCCGUCAACCUCAAGAGGGCCGUCCGUCUAGAGGUUUCAGAUGCAGAUGGUAUCCUGGGAAUUUUCCACACUGAGAACAUCCAGGUGUCUGCUGAGGCCUAUGAUGUGGCACUAGACAUCACUUUCCCCAAAGGUGCUGAUGGAGGGCUGGAUUUUGGAACUGUUAAAGUAUCAGAGGAAGUGAAGUUAUCUGUGAACUUGAAGAACAAAGGCAAAUAUGACAUUGCUUACAAAUUCGUGCUGGAGCCUACUCUUCCUGAAUUGCCUUACCUGAACUCCGCCUUCACCAUACUCCCUCAGAAGGGCACCCUCCACCCCACUGACCGCCCCACUGGGGUCCAGUUCGUCUUCCGCUGCAACAAGGAAGUGCGCAUUGAAGAACAGCCAAUCCUGCGCUGCCAGGUUAUUGAACCAAACAUUUCAAAUGCUGGGGAGACCAUCGCCAUCAUUCCCAUCAAGGUCUCUGUCCUGUCUGUCUUUUCCAAAUACUCAAUAUCACCCUCCAGUGACAUCAACUUUGGACCCCUUGUGUACGGGAGCCGCAAUACCCGAAGCUUCAGUAUUGAGAACAAGAGUGACUUUGAGGUCCGCUUCCAAGUCUCCAGGUUUUGCAAAGACAUCCCCGGGCCCGUGCAGAGGAGAGGGAUAGGCAAGAAGACGUCGCAAGUGAGCCACUCGGCCAAGCCCAUCACCGGCAGGCCUGGGCGAAGUGAGUCCAUUCAGAAAGACAGCUCUGUGGUGCCUCAGACCCGCUUGACCACGGGAGUGUUCUCGCUGUCGGCCUGCUAUGGCGUGCUGUCCGCGGGGGCCACCCAGGUGGUGACCGUGGAGUGUGUGGCCGAGCAGCCAGGCCUUUGGCAGGAGUACCUCGCCGUGGACAUUAGCGACCGAAACCCUUUGGACAAUCCUGGAGGCAUCCCCUAUCAGCUGGUGGCGGAAGUCUGUAUGCCAGGCAUAAUAAAGGACAUUUCUUCCAUCUUCGAGGAGCACCACAUCUGUAAGAACAGCAACAUGCUGCAGUGUGAGCAGUUCAGAGAUGCCAGAGGCGUCUACGUGGAAGACGAGAAUAAGUUUGUCUUCAACAAUGUAAUCGUCGGACAGUCAGCCAAGGCCCGCUUCCGUCUCACCAACAGCGGCAAAGUCCCCUGUGCCAUGAGCCUGUCAGCAAAAUCAGUGCAAACCAAGUCCACCCGAACCACGGAGGUGUUUGAGCUGCUGCCCAGUAAGAUGUGCCUCCCCAGCCACUCCCAUGCCUUCGCUGUCAUCACAUUCACCCCACCCAAUAUGCAGUCCUAUCAUGGCAUCUUUGAGGUCACCCUGGAGGGAGCUUCCAGUGUCAUGGCGGUGGGGAAGACCAAGCUGCUGGUGAUGGACCUGCUGGGCGAUGGGAACCUGCCCUGUGUGAGCGUGUUGCAGCCCGUGGUCAGGAACAGCCGGGGCCAGCCUGUGCUCCAGUUCAAACGCUUGCUGGUUGGCCGACAGCAGACCUUACCGCUGGUCAUUAAGAACACUGGAUACCUACCUGCAAAGGCCACUAUUGAAUUGCAAGACAAGAUGGGAGUGUUCAAGAUGAAGACUGCGCCAUGCACUUCAUCCAGAAUCAUCACCCCGCUGCCUGAGGAUGAAAGUGGAGAAGAGGAAUCGUUUGGCAAUGUGUUGUCGCUGGACUUGAGUGUGGGCCAACAGGCAGCGUUUGAAGUGGAAUUCUGUCCAGGAAGUGCUCAGAGCUUUGAAGCCUCCAUACGGCUGAUGGUGGCCGAUAACCUAUUUGAAGAGACAGAGGUGCAGCUUUUAGGAGAGAGUUACCAGGACAUCGUCACACUGGACAACAUCAUCAGCAAAGGGUUAGAAUCCACAAAUGACAAGUCUGACCACCUGCACUUCGGCGACUGCCACGUGGCCAAAUCCUACCAGGCCACUUUCACCAUGACCAACCUGAGCGGCUCAGACGUGCUCCGCUUUGAGUGGCCGCCGGACAGUGCUCAGGUGUGCUUCUCCCCGCGGCUCGGCCACCUUCACGCCGGCUGCGCCAAAGACGUCACCAUCACCUUCUGCUCCAAGCAGCCCAUUGCGCUCAGCGCCCAGCUCCAGAAGUGCAGGCUGUGUCGCAUCGUCUUCCAGCAGCCUGUGGACCAGGUGGCGGACUGGGAUGACCGUCAGAGGACGGUGAAGUGGGUGGACACCUCUAAACCAGCGGCCACUCAGACAAAGAAGGUGAUUGAGAUCGACCCAGAGCCCUCCAACAGUGUGGUGGAGAACUCCUCUAGAGAACUGAAGCUACUUCUGAGCGCUGUGUGUGACUACGCCAAGUUCACCUGCGACGCUGAGCCCAUACACUUCAAAGACACCAUGCUGUACCAGACUCGAGUCUACAAGCUCCAGAUGUCAAAUAAAGGCACAACUCAGAUGGACUUCUCCUGGCAGAUCAUGUAUGGUGGAGCAACAAUCAGCCCAGAUCACAGAGAUGUUCCCAGCCGCUCCGGUGGUCAGUCUCGCUGUGGCACAGCCCUGCGGCCGUGCUCCUCUCUGGGCAGUGUGUCCAGCAUGCUGCUGGGGGACCCCGAGCUGCCGCCGUUCUGUGUGGAGCCCAGCGUGGGAACUAUCGGCCCUAGAGCCAGCCAGACUUUCAGCUUGCGGUUCUCCCCCAUCGAGGUGGCCGAGUACGAGGCUCAGCUGGUGUGCAGUAUUCCCAAUUUGAAAGACGAGCAGGGUCCCACCAUACAAGUCCGAGGCCGCAGCCUGCUCCCCUACUGUCACUUCCACCUUGAAGAGUCCGACUACAUCACGGGCAACCGGCGCAACCCAGAGCUAUGGAGCCCACAGGGUACCCUUCCACCAUGCACCCUGGACGCCAGCACGCGGGUCAUAGAGUUCACAUCCAUCGGGGUUGGUCCGCCCACCACCAGGCAGUUCAGCUUAGUGAACCCCACCAACAAGCCGUAUUCUUAUGAGUGGAGAUGUGUGGAUGAUACAGGGCCCUCGCCUUUCAAAUGCCGCACUCCAAACAGCUCCAUCCUACCUGGGAAGAAAGUGGAGGUGAUUUUUGACUUCUGUGCCGUGGCCCUGGAGCUAGUGGAGUCGUUUUGGACCUUCCAGAUCCCCGAGCGCAACAUCUCUGUUCCCUUCUUACUGGUGGGCACUGCUCGUGACCCAGUGGUCUACUUUGACCGGGCCCACCUCAACAUGGGCUGUCUGCUCAUAGGCCGCACGGUCCAGCACACGUUGAAUCUGGUGAACAAGGAGAAGGAGCCGUUCCAGUUUGCUGUCCAGGAGAGUUCCUGCUACUCCGAGGGCUUUGUGGAACAGCUGCAGGUCGAGCCCAUGCAGGGGACAGUUUCAGCCAAUGACAAGUUGCCAGUGGUGGUGACCUUUAGGCCAAGCCAGGUGGGUGAGGUGGCCUUUAACCUGGCGGUGAGCGUGCAGAGGAAGGUCCAGCCGACCGUGCUGAACAUGAAGGCCGAGUGCUACAGCAUGAGCGCCACGGUGAAGUGUGAGGACCCCGAGGGCCACGUCACCAACAUGGCCCCCAACAGCCUGCAUGAGGUGGACUUCAAACAGGUGGAGUUGAGUGAUAAGGUCUCUUUUGCAUUCCUGGUGUCCAACCCUGGGCUAUUCAGCCUAGACAUCCACUAUCAACUCUGGGGUCCACCUGAACUGCAGCGCCACCUACAGGUUGAGCCAGAGUAUGACACCGUGACCACUGGCAAGCAGAGCCACUGCACUGUGUCCUUCUACCCCCAAAACAAGUGUGUGCUCAGAGACGUCGGCCUCAACAUUAAGAUCAAGCACGGGCCUGUGUACAGCUGUGCCCUGCGGGGGGUGGCGGAGGUCCCAGGACUGGACUUCUCCUUCAGAAAGCACAACUUUGGGAAGAACUUCAUCUUCUCGGUGGGGAUGACUCCAGCCUCAAAGACCCUGGUCCUCACUAACCGAGGAGAGCGAGGAAUCAGUGUGGACUGCUCCUUCACAAACACCCCCUUCUUGAAGAUGGACUUCCACCCCAAAAUCCUCCCUCCUGGUGGUUACAUGGAUGUACCCAUCACAUUCUACCCACGAGAGGCCAAACAGUACCACGAGAAACUGGUCUUUGGCAUCAACGAGUGCAUCAAGCAAGUGGUGGAGAUCCUGGGCCAAGGAACAGAGAUUAAGCUGGACUUUGAGGACCCCAGGCAGAAGGUAGUGAAUCUGGGAUCACUUCAGGUGGGCCAGCGCAGCCGCCGGGUCAUCCCCCUCAUCAACAACAGUGCCUCGGCCAUCACCUUCUGCCUCCAGCUCAACUCCACAGUGGAGGCGCUGCAAGAUGCACAGGUUCUGUCCGUGUCCCCGUCCAGUGAGAUGACGGUGCGUGGCGGCGGCGGGCGCUGUGCGGUGGAGCUGCUCUUCACUCCCCGAGAGCGCAUGGCCCCCUUCAGCGAGGAGCUGCUGCUGGAGUGCCUGGGCAUGGCGCGCCCCCUGCUGGUGCUCCGCGGCUGCUGCCACGGCGUGGAGGUCAAGCUGGACCAGGACUACCUGACAUUCGGCGCCGUGGUCCAGCGCUGCCAGGCCACCAAGUGUAUCCUCAUGCAGAACACCGGCGACAUUGGAACCAGAUUCCAGUGGGAUGCGAAGAGUUUUCUCCCCGACUUCUCCAUCAGUCCUGUGAAGGGCUACCUCUGCCCUGGGAUGGAGGUGUCGUUCAAGGUGACCUUUGCCCCCACAGAGCUGUGCCAGGACCUGCGUUAUGAGGACCUGACCUGCACCAUUGAGGGCAGCAGCCCCAUGUCCCUCACCCUCACUGGCUCCUGCAUCGUGCCCCCCACCGCAAAGGAGGUAAUGAACUUCACCUGCCAGGUGCGCUCCCAGCACAUGCAGCCACUGACCAUGUCCAACAACACCAACCAGCGCUGGACCCUCAAGCCCGUGAUCGAGGGCCAGCACUGGACCGGCGCGCCCAACUUCAUCAUCGAGCCCUACCAGCAGAACAAGGUCUAUGAGGUCAUCUACAAGCCCAUGGUCAUGACCACAGAUGGCAAGAAACAUCAGGGUUCCAUCUUCUUCCCCUUCCCGGAUGGCACGGGGAUGCUCUAUACGCUGGUUGGCACUGCUGAGUCCCCCAAGUCUGUGGCCACCAUCAGCCAUGAGCUGCCCUGCAAGACCACCUACACCGAGGUUCUGCCUGUGCACAACUGGCUGCCCAGGCCACAGAGGUUCCGUGUUUUGCUGGAGAUGAUUAAACCAGAGCGUCCAGACAGCACCAUCUCUCUGAAAGGCCUGGAUUAUGUGGACGUGUCGGGCCUGGCCACCAAAGACUAUAAAAUCUCUUUCUUCACCUAUAAAGAAGGCGUGUUUCAUGCCAAGGUCAUGUUCCGCAACGAGGUGACAGGCGAGUACCUGUUCUACCUGCUGAGCUUCAAAGCUACACCGCCGGGGGUGAUCAGCACGAUUGAGAUGACCACGCUGGUACGGCAGGUCACGUCAGCCUCGGUGAAGGUGGAGAACCCGCUGUCCAUCUCCCUCUACUUCACCGUGGAGUGCCGCAGCCCUGACGUCAGCCUGCCCUCACAGCUGUCCGUGCCAGCCAUGACACAGGGCACCCUGACAUUUGAGUACCAGCCCCUGAGGCCGGGUGAGUCCACGGCGCGGCUGGUGCUGCACAGCUCUGAGCUGGGGUACUUCCACUACGACCUACAGCUCAAGGCUCUGCCCCCACCCCAGGAGAAGCCCCUGUACUUCCACGCGCCCCUGGGCAGCGGAGUCUACAUGCCCGUCAAGUUCACCAACUAUUCCCGGGUCAAAGCAGAGUACACCUGCAAGACGGACCUUCCUGACUUUGUGGCUGAGAAGCUAGUCAACGCGUUGCCGGGCUUCCAGGCGGGCAUUGACACCACCACAGAGGUCUACUUUGAGCCGUGCCAGCUGGGCGAGGUGCGCGGCCUGCUCACGCUCUCCUCGGCGUUCGGCGGCGAGUACGCCUUCCCGCUGCACGGCACCUGCACGCCGCCCAAGGCGCAAGGCCCCUUCAACAUCCGUGCCGGCUCCAACGUCUCCAUCCCCUUCAAGAACAUCUUCCUGCAGACCACGGCCUUCUCCUUCCAGGUGGACAACCCGGCCUUCACCGUCAAGGGUGUGGAGACCAUCCGGCCCAAGAAGACCCACAACAUCCUGGUGGCGUUCGAUGGGCCCCUACCAGGUGCACGGAGCCCCUGCAGUGGGAAGCUGAUCAUCUCCAGCCCACGCAUUGAGGGCCAGGGCCAGCCCAUCGCCUGGGUCUUCUACCUGAAGGGCAACCUGCCUGACCAGGCCCUGAGGGACAAGUCCUCCUGAGACCCACACAUCACCCCGACCCAGCCAUACAUACACACACACACACACACACACACAGGCCUCCUGAGACACACACACACACACACACACACGGGCCUCCUGAGACACACACACACACAAAUACACACACAUACACACAGGCCUCCUGAGACCCACACAUCACCCCCACCCAGCCACACACACUCAGGCCAAUAUCACUGCACUUUACAGGGUUUACAAAGAGCUCUUUUAUGGUUUCGUAACAUUUAAAUACAAAUUAUUUGGAUAUGCUAUGCAGUAGUGUGAUGUAUGAUGUAUGCAUAGUGUGAUGUAUGCAUUUUUUAUAUGCUUUACACAAAAGAUUAUCACUAAUAUUACACUAUUCGUUCAUUUGUUUAGCAUACUUUAUACUGCACCUGCCAAAAAAGGAUGAUUUUACAA